ACACCGCCUACCCAUAAAAACACCGGAAUGAAAGACUGCGUGGGAUUAUAAUUCAUUUCGAAGAGGAAACCUUGAUAUUUCAUCGCCAAGGGCUCGAAUGUGUGGUGAAAGCCAUUGAGGUGAAAGAAGCCACUUUCCAACUCUCCAGCUCCAACUGUGAGUGACCCCCAGCAUCUGCUUUCUCCUUAACCCCAUCAAGGGUUGACCGGGGUCCCUCUGGGUGUCCUGGUCUACGCCCUUGAAAAAACAUGCCCCAAACUUGCAAAGGACUUAUCACUGGCUCAUAGACAUUUAAAGCUCUUGGGCAAGUUUUCCUCUUGUUAGAGGACUCUCAUAAUCUUUGCACUUUCUAAGAUGAAGAAGGUAAGGGAAUGGACAGCAGAGGAUGUCUCUUGCUGGUUGUCUGAUGAAGGUAUGCAGGAGUACAGCGAUGCCCUCUCGCAGACUGAUGGUGCUGCUUUGCUCAUGCUCAGUGAGUCAGAUUUCCGGGGUCCACCCCUCUCAUUGGUCUCAUCUGAUGGUGGGCAGCAGUUGUUGGCACAGCUGGAGACACUACGAAUAGAGACACACAUGGAGGCUCAGAAAAAUGGUCACGCAAACGGGCAUGUGGGUGGGAUGCCUAACGGGACUAUCAGUCCCCAGAGGAAUGGCUCAUCUGGGAAAAAAGACUUCAGAACAGAUAUGGUACACAUCCCUAUUCCAACAAUAGAAACUGUAGGAUCACCAUUCCCUACUGAGUGGGCAAAGACUGGUGUAGCAUUUAUCUAUGCAGUGGUGUGCUUUGUCACCACUACUGUCAUAAUAUCAGUGGUCCAUGAGAGAGUACCGCCAAAGGAGCACACCCCACCAUUGCCUGACAAGUUCUUUGACCUGUUUGACCGGGUGGAGUGGGCCUUCUCUAUCUGUGAAAUCAAUGGCAUGCUGCUGGUUGGACUCUGGCUGUUGCAGUGGAUUCUACUUAAAUACAGGUCAAUUAUAGGCAGACGGUUCUUCUUCAUUGUGGGCACACUUUAUCUGUACCGAUGUAUUACUAUGUACAUCACCACUCUGCCUGUUCCUGGAUUGCACUUCAAAUGCUCUCCAAAGCUUCUUGGGAACUGGGAGGCACAGAUGAGAAGAAUAAUGAAGAUGAUUGCUGGUGGGGGCCUAUCCAUCACAGGUUCCCACACAAUGUGUGGAGACUAUCUGUAUAGUGGCCAUACCGUCAUGUUAACGCUAACAUAUCUCUUCAUCAAGGAGUAUUCACCCAAGCGGUUCUGGUGGUACCACUGGUUGUGCUGGAUCUUGAGUGCUGUGGGAAUAUUAUGCAUCCUUCUAGCCCAUGACCAUUAUACAGUGGAUGUGGUGGUGGCGUACUUUAUCACUACACGCCUCUUCUGGUGGUAUCACUCUAUGGCUAACCAAAAGUCGCUGAAAGAGGCCUCACAGAGUAAUCCCUUCUCUCGGGUGUGGUGGUUCAGACUGUUUCAGUACUUUGAAGAAAAUGUCAAUGGCGUGGUGCCUCGGAACUACCAGCUGCCGCUGUCGUGGCGAGUGUUGUCAUUGAGCCGAGGUGUGAAGUACAGCAGACUGGGCAUCUCGUGAACCUUGUCAUGUAACAUCAGAUGAGGACCACAACUUCCAAGUGCUGUUUAAAAAGAAUCUGUGUGAGACUGCACUGUCCAAUGUAGCGCUGUCCUUUCACCUCAAGUAAACACAUUUUUGUCCAAAUGGAUAGCACUGUGACCCCACCGAGUAUUUGUUUUUAAUCUUUGUUUAUAUAGCUUUUUCAUUGUCAUUUUUCUGGUAGUUCAUGUGGACAAAAAAAUAAUAAUUUAAAUGAAUUGGAGUAUUUUUCACCUUCUGGGGGCUUAUAGCUCAAAGGCUUUGUGCCAAUUUAUCAAUACUUGUAUGUAUUUUGGUCAUAUUGGUAUUUUCUUUUCGCUCCCUCUGCACAAGUUCUUCAUGUCUUUGCAAACUUUUGUUUGAAGUGCAAAUGGUGUUAAUGAAAUGGUUUAGUAAUCGAAAUGCCAUAAGUAUUUCGUUCCUUUUUUAUAUAACUAGUUACCUUUUGUAAACUGUCCUCAGUAACACGAGUCAAAGGUGCAAAAAGUACUUUUCUAAGUAUGUCAAACCUUUAUUUUUCAAAAACAGAUGAUGUCCAACAAAGAUUUUUAGAUUUUUAGCUUUUUGAAGAUUGGGGGUUUGGAGGGUUGGGGGGGCGGUUAAGUGCAUCAAGAAUCUAUCUUAUAGAAUUAUCCCAGUGCCUUUCUGAGCUUGAUUGUUAAAACAGUUGAAGGACUACUCGUCUCAUGGCCCUCUGCCUUUGGCUGUGUUUUAAUGUCCACACAGUGAUUGAAGUUGUACCUAAUGAGUGCUAAUCGUCUAAUUUCUGUGAAUGUAAGAGCAACUACGCCAGCCUGCCAGGCGAUUGGUCUUCCCAAAAUGAAGUGCAGCGAAUCAGCUGUCCAGUUUAAUCAUUGAUGCGUUUUGAUGUCUGUUGAUUAAUUUUAUUUUAACAUAGAAAACACUGUUAAUUGUAUUUUCUUGUGCUUGUGUUUAAGUUUACAAAUCAGUUUUGACCUGCCACCAACUAUUUUCUACACUUGCAUGUCCCAGCUAUGGGCUGUCUGUUGUUCAUGUGUUAGCAAACGCAUCGUGCUGUCGCAACUGUCAUAGCUGUACCUGCUAAACAUCGUCUGAUUGGAAAUUGUUUCACGAAUUAUGGGGACUAACUGUUGUUUGGACUUGGGUAUGUCGUGUGCGUCAUUGCUUAGUCUCUUAUUUCCCACUUCUCAUCAUUAUUUUGUCACGUAGCCUCUCAGUGUUGCAGCGGAAAGUAUCCAGUGAUGUAGAACUUAUCAUUUCCUUCGUGUGUAUGUGUAACUGUAAUUUUAAGUUGAGGAAUGUUGAAAAUGUUAUGACAGAAGCUUUGGGCCGAGUUUCUGAGCAUGCCUGUGACGGCAUGCGUGUGCUAGCUAUGAAUCAAACUGUGACCUUCCAGUUUGAAGUCAGUGUAUGUUUUACAAUACCUAUAAAGUGCAAUGCCCCCCCCCCCCAAAAAAAAACAAA